CAUUGCACGUGUAUUUUAAUCGCGUGACAUGUGCACUAUACGUUUGAUUUUUGAUCUUCAACAUUUAUAACGUUAUAUUAUUAUAAAUACUUUAAAUAAUAUUUGAUAAUUUAUCGAUAUUAAUUUACAUUUAAAAUACUGCAAUUAUGGCUCGUAUUGGGGAUGUUACUGCAGAUCAAUUGAUAGCUGGUACUAAUGUAUUGUCUAGACCUGCAGAAGAAUUUGAUAAUGAUCCUUCUGUUGAAGCAAUGUGGGCAAUGAAAGCUAUGGAACAUGCUGAAGUAUACUUUAAUAUAUUAUGCUCAGUUGAUCCGAAAUUUCUAAAACUGACACCUCAUGAUGAACAAAUAUAUAAAACUUUUCGUGAUGUUUUCCCUGAUCUCAAACUAGAUAAAAUAAAUGAAGAUGAAUUAAAGUCAUCCGAAGGGAAAAUAAAAUGGAGACCAUUCUGUGAACAAUUUAAAGGACUUGUUGAAGAUUACAGUUUUGGUACAUUAUUAAGAGCAGAUUGUGAAGGAGAUUAUUCAGAAGAAAAUAGUAUACUCACAACUAGAAUACAAUUUUAUGCUAUUGAACUUGCCAGAAAUAGAGAGGGAUUCAAUGAUGGUAUUAGGCAAAAAUAUAAACCAAAGCGGACUACAGAAAAAUCAUAAAUUAUGAUAAAUAUUAAUAUUCUAAUAAUUCUAUAUUAUAUAUUAUUUGAAUAGUGUAAUUUUUCAUCUACAAUUUUUUACAAUUUAUAAAAUCUUAUAAAAUGUUAUUUAU